CACACUACUCUGGAGACUCUCUAUUUGGAUGGCAGAGGGAAUCAAUCGGGAGAUAGCAGCCUCGGGAAGUUUGCAUUACAUGUGAUACACCCCUGGAGGAGUAGCAGCAGCUGCCACAAAGAGAGCCACACUGGAGCAGUCACAGUAGGAGAGCAACAGAGCGCAGCUACACUGCUGUAUUCCAACUACAGGAGCACCCCAAGUUUGCAGCCUCCCAGCACCAAGGUUUGGGAAAUGGACCGACUCUGUGUCUUUGUACUGAUCACAUUGGUAGUGUACCGGGAUGGCUGCUCAGGGAAUCGGGCCAGUGUAAGCAUGGAAGAUCUCUCAGAUUCCGAUUAUCCAGAGAGCGAAUUACCAGUGAAGAGGAACCCCUAUCCUCUGGUGAGAAGUGCUGAAAGCCAGAACUGGGCAGAUCACCCCAACAUCUGCUAUUUUAUACACGAGAGUCAGUCAGAGGGCCAGAUCUCUUGCAGGCUGCGCUUUACUCGGAGCAAGUUUAACUUUAACCCCUUUGGACUGCGCUUUGGAAAGCGAGAUCACAGCAGCUUAGCCACAAAGAGAUUUCCCGAAACCUCCAGUGGCCAUUUUCUAUAUUACCUUCUGAAACUGAAGGACAAACAGACUCCAGCGUGCGGACUGGCCUCUGCUGAGCAAUGCUAGCUGGGAUUUUAUAUUUGUGAAUUCAUUAUUAUGUUUGUUGAUAUUUUAUAUCCCUAUUUCUGUUCUGAGUCUCAUUUUCUGUACAGUUCAGUCUUGUUGGAAGGACACAAUCAGAAUCCUAAUGCACUAUGUUUGUGUUGUCUUCAGUAAUACCGUUAUAUAUCUUUGCCUUUAAUUAUCUGUUUUUGUUGUGUUUUUAAUAAAAGUGUUUUGCAAGUGUCCCUAUUUCUAAAUAAACAGUGCACAUUUGUGUUGAAGUAGACGAAGUUUGA